AUGGUCGUUCAGCGAUUUAACCUGGCUCUUCUGCUUCGGAAUGGACAAAAGGUAAGGGUUUGUUGUUGUUUUUGUUGAUUUUUAGGUGGGAAUGAAGUUUACAUAGUUGGAAUUGGUCUUUAGAACGUUUUCAUUAGUUUGUGAGAGCUGUUGACAAAGGUUUCGACAUUUAUUUCAACUAAAAGGACGUAUUUUAUCAAUAAUAUUGUUUUAGAGCCACAUUAUACUGGGCAGAAGGUUUUUCUCGUCCAAAAAGGUAUAUUCAAGUGCGUCAGAAGCUGUAAAAGACAUUGAAGAUGGUUCUAAACUUCUUGUUGGAGGUAACUUUUUCUUAUUUUGUUUCUCUUAGGACUCUUGUCUUGACCAACGUGUUGUCAUAGACACAAUUGGCUAGAUCUUUGUUUAAACCAAUGUAAAUCAACUCAACUAAGUUUAGAAUUACAGGAUUUGGACUCUGUGGUAUCCCAGAAAACCUAAUUGAAGCUUUAACAACUCUGGGCGUGAAGAACCUCAUCUGUGUUAGCAACAAUGCGGGUAUUGAUGAUGUAGGUCUGGGAAAGCUGUUGAGAACAGGCCAAGUGAAGAAGAUGAUCUCGUCGUAUGUUGGAGAAAACAAAGAAUUCGAACGUCAGUAUCUGUCUGGAGAGUUGGAGCUUGAAUUCACGCCUCAAGGCACGUUGGCAGAAAGAAUCCGCGCUGGCGGAGCAGGAAUCCCAGCGUUCUUCACUCCGACUGGUUAUGGUACACUAAUUGAGCAAGGUGGAUCACCGAUUAGGUAUUCUAAGGAGAAGAAAGGGGAGAUUGAGCUGGCGAGCAGUGGGAAAGAAACCAGGAAGAUCAACGAUAUUAACUAUGUUUUGGAAGAAGCGAUUACGGGAGAUUUUGCUUUGAUUAAGGCAUGGAAGGCAGACACGUUGGGAAAUUUGGUUUUUAGGUAAUAUAUUGUUUAAUCUAGUUUUUGAAAUGUCUUAGGUAUUAAGUGUAAUAUAAAAAAAGGAAAAAUAUUGAGUUUGAUACAAAAAAAUGUUCAGUAUAGUUUAAGCAAAGCGAAAAAACACGAGGUUUUCUAUACAAAAUCACAUGUACUACCUAAAAUAAUAAAAUUCAAACUCUACGAAUAAAAUUUAGGCACACAACAGGCAAUUUUAACAUUCCAAUGGCAAAAGCAGCGAAAGUAACGAUAGUGGAAGCCGAAGAACUCGUGGAACCAGGCGAAAUUCAGCCGCAUGAAGUUCAUGUACCUUCAGUUUAUGUCAACAGGAUAAUCAAAGGAGAGAAAUAUGAAAAACGAAUCGAAAAAUUGAAAUUCUUCGACGAAAACGAUGGAAAUCAAGCUCCAAAAUCGGAAGGCGAGAAGGUCAGACAAAUCAUUGCCAAACGAGCUGCUUUGGAGUUCAAAGAUGGCAUGUACGGUAAGGUUUGAAGUGUUAUAUCAUCGACUUGCUUUUUUAAUGAACUAUAAGGUUAUAAUCAGCUGUGUCUUAUCUAAAAUGGCAUUAAGAGUUGGCUUAAAACAACUUUUUUAUUGAUAAAGUAAAUAAUGUUAUUUUAGUCAACCUCGGUAUUGGAAUCCCUACAUUGUGCCCGAAUUACCUUCCAAAAGGUGUGAAUGUUCAUUUGCAAAGUGAAAACGGAGUAAUUGGAGUAGGCCCAUAUCCGAAAAAGGGAAGUGAAGAUGCUGACUUGAUCAACGCUGGCAAGGAGACGAUCACUUUGCAGAAAGGAGCUGCUGUCUUUGGAUCGGACGAGAGUUUUGCUAUGGUUAGGGGGUGGGUUUUUGUGAUUUUUUGUAAAAAACACAGUGUAGGUGUUAGUAAAUUUUGAUGAAAUUUUAAAAAAUUUUAAAAAUGGUGUUAACUUUUAAAAAAUGGAAGAAAAAUGGUGAAAAUUCAGCGGAUUUUGUUGAAAAAACUAAAAAAGUCAUUUAAAAUUUUUGAAAUUUACCCAAAAUUUAAAAAAAUGUGCGUUAAAGGCUCUAGAAUUUACUGGUAGCUUUGAUACAGCAACAUUUUCUAAACUCAAAUUGCUUUUGCUUAUUACUAGGCUGUUCAAAAAAUUCUGAGCUACCUUUCAAAGCAAAUUUGCGGGGUUUGGGGCUCAGGUUAUUUGAACAACUAAUAUCUUACUGACAUCUAUAUCUUUUUAUACUUUACUAUUAGGUUGUUCAAAUAAUUCUGAGCCUUCUUUAUCAAUUCGGUUUUUUGAGGUUGGGUGGCUCAGAAUUAUUUGAACAAUCUAAUAUCUUACUAACUUCUCUAUCUUGGUAACAUCUCUACUUUUUCAGUGGCCACAUUGACAUCACAGUACUAGGAGCCCUACAAGUCAGCGAAUACGGCGACUUGGCUAAUUGGAUGAUCCCAGGCAAAAUGGUCAAAGGCAUGGGUGGAGCCAUGGAUUUGGUCGGAGCACCAGGAAGUCGUGUCGUAGUGACAAUGGAGCAUUUGGCCAAGGGAAAACCGAAAAUUUUGAAAAAAUGCAAUUUGCCAAAGACAGGAAUGAAUGUUGUGACUCGAAUCAUCACCGAAAUGGCAGUCUUCGAUGUGGAUCCGGUUAAUGGACUAACCUUGAUGGAGUUGAGAGAAGACUUGAAGGUGGAAGACAUUCUAAAUACUAUUGAGCCGGACUUCAAAGUCAGUGACAACUUGAAAACGUUUAAGAAAGAUUGA